AUGGGGAGGUUGCUGCUGUGGGUUGGUUCUGCCUACAAGCUGGUGUGUUAUUUCACCAAUUGGGCUCCCAGUCGACCAGGUCCUGCCUCUAUCUUGCCCCGUGACCUGGACCCCUUUCUCUGUACACACCUGAUAUUUGCCUUUGCCUCAAUGAACAACAAUCAGAUUAUUGCCAAUAAUCUACAGGAUGAGAAAAUUCUCUAUCCAGAGUUCAACAAACUCAAGGAGAGGAACAGGGCCCUGAAAACACUGCUGUCCAUCGGAGGGUGGAACUUCGGCACGUCACGGUUCUCCACUAUGCUGUCCACUCUUGCCAGCCGUGAAGAAUUUAUUGAUUCAGUUGUAUCCUUCCUGAGAACACAUGGCUUUGAUGGGCUUGAUCUCUUCUUCUUGUACCCUGGACUACGAGGCAGCCCCAUGAAUGACCGGUGGAAUUUUCUCUUCCUAAUUGAAGAGCUCCAGUUCGCCUUUGAGAAGGAGGCACUGCUUACCCAGCGUCCAAGGCUGCUGCUGUCGGCUGCUGUCUCUGGCAUCCCGUACAUCAUUCAAACAUCUUAUGAUGUGCACCUUUUAGGAAGACGUCUGGAUUUCAUUAAUGUCUUGUCUUAUGACUUACAUGGAAGUUGGGAAAAGUCUACAGGACACAACAGUCCUCUGUUCUCCCUUCCUGAAGACCCCAAAUCUUCGGCCUUUGCCAUGAAUUACUGGAGAAAUCUUGGGGCACCCGCAGAUAAACUUCUCAUGGGCUUCCCUGCCUAUGGACGGACCUUCCACCUCCUCAAAGAAUCCAAGAAUGGAUUGCAGGCUGCCUCAAUGGGACCAGCAUCUCCUGGGAAGUACACCAAGCAGGCUGGCUUCCUUGCUUACUAUGAGGUUUGUUCCUUUCUUCAGAGAGCAGAAAAGCACUGGAUUGAUCAUCAAUAUGUCCCAUAUGCCUACAUGGGGAAGGAGUGGGUUGGCUACGAUGAUACCAACAGCUUCAGUUACAAGGCAAUGUUUGUGAAAAAAGAACAUUUUGGGGGGGCCAUGGUGUGGACACUGGAUAUGGAUGAUGUCAGGGGCACUUUCUGUGGCAACGGCCCUUUCCCCCUUGUCCAUAUAUUGAAUGAGCUCUUGGUGCAGGCAGAGUUCAACUCAACCCCUUUGCCACAAUUUUGGUUUACAUUGCCUGUGAAUUCCUCAAGACCUGGCUCUGACAGUCUGCCUGUGACAGAGGAGUUGACCACAGAUACUGUAAAGAUUUUGCCUCCAGGAGGAGAGGCUAUGGCCACUGAGGUCCACAGAAAGUAUGAAAAGGUGACUACAAUCCCUAAUGGUGGAUUUGUGACCCCUGGGGGAACAACAUCUCCUGCAACACAUGCUGUAGCUAUAGAAAGAAACACUAUGGCUCCUGGGGCAAAAGCUACGACCUCACUGGACCUUUUGUCUGAGACCAUGGCUGGGACGACAGUGACAGUCCAGACACAGACAGCUGGGAGGGAGACCAUGACCACAGUGGGCAAUCAGUCUGUGAUCCCUGGGGAAGAGACCAUGGCUACAGUGGGUCAUCAGUCUGUGACCCCUGGGGGACAGACCACAGCCACUGUGGAUAAUCAGUCUGUGAGACCUGCAGGGGUGGAUACAACCCUUGUCUAUCUUCAGACUAUGACUCCCAGUGAGAAGGGAACCUCCAGGAAGAAGGCAGUGGUCCUUGAAGAGGUCACCGUUCCCCCUAGAGAGAUGACAGUUAUUCCCAAUGGUCAGAACACAGCUGUAAAGUGGGAGAGUGUGAUCACUGAGGUGGAAACUUACCCCCAGGAUGGGUGAAUUGGUCCUUAUGUGAAAGUGGAGAACAGGAUGUUAUCCUCCAGCUUUAUGGUCCUAUUCUCAGGAUAUGCCCCUUUUUCACUCUUUCUGAUGGAAACCACUUCUUCGUCAACUCAAUAGCCCUUCUAACAAAUC